CCGGACAAACCGGGAAUAACCCGGGAAUAACCCGGGAAUAAACAGGGAAUAAACCGGGACAAACCGGGAACGGGGGAGCCCCGGGAUGAGGCGGCGGCGCGGGGGCGGCGCGGCCCCGGCCGAGGCCUGCGGGGUGUGGCUGGACACGGCCGAGCUGAAGCGGGGCCCGGCGCGGCCCCUCGGCGCCAAGCUGAGAGCACCCACCCGAAUUCCCGAGAGGAAACAGAGCCUGGCGCUGCUCCCAGAGCCUGGCAGCAGGCAAACCACCAUCCCCACCUUCUUCAGCCCCCACACAGACGAAAGAGACAAAGAAAACUCCAGGCCGACCCCCUGCACCCCAAAUAAGGACUGGAAGGACUCAGGGGUUCCUCUGGCUCCCUGUCCUGUGAAGAUCCUGGCCUUGCCACAGCUGGAGGAGCCCCCUGGAGCCGAGCAGGGGGUGCAGGGCUCAUCCCGGGCAUGGAAAGCACCUCUGGAUCCCCUGGAGCUCCCAGUGGCGUCUCGGAGGCAGAGCAGAGCCUCCCGUGGGGCUGGGGGGGAUUCCUGGUGCUGCAGCUUCUCCCAGGGCUCGCAGCACGGCGGGAUCGACGCUCACAGGAACGAAUCCCGGUUAUUUCCUGGAGAAACGGCCUCAGGGAGCAGGAAACCACAGCCCUGGAGCAAAGCUGGCUCUGGGACGGGUUCUGCUGGGGCUGAGAACACAAAUCCCGUCCCAGGGGCUGCUCCCAGAGCCGUUUGCUGCUCUCCCCAGAGCCCGGGGCGAGCUCAGCCCCUCAGGGAGCGGGGCCAGACCCCGGGGGAUUCCUGCAGGCAGCUCUUCUGCCAGGACUCCCAAGGGAACAGGGUCAUUGCUCACAGGGACAGGGACAGGGACAGCUGCAGCCCCAGCCAGCGCCUGGAGCUGGGCUCUGAGUGCCUCUUCACACAGGACUCGGAGGGGAACAGGGUCAUUAAACACUGCUGAGUGACCCAGCCCGGCUCUGGGGGUUCAGGGCGUGCUCAGAGCUGGGGAACACCUCGGUGCAGCCCCCAGCCCCUCCUCGUUCCCUGAGACGUUGUGUUAAUGCAAAUAAAAGGCUGGAGUUUGUUUCUCA